GAGCAGCAGAGAGACUUACAUCGUACUCACAUGGUGUCCAACUACCAGGACUGGAUAAAGCUAGGUUUUGUGCUGGACUGUAAUUCCUGGAGCUUAAGCAUUGCAGAUAUGGGAGGCAGAGAGGAGGUAGUGGUGAGCAGGCUCGGGUCCACCACCAUGCAGUUUCCAAGCACUAAGUUGAGCCGUUUCAGGCUCUAUCUUACCCAAAGCCCAGCGAGGAGCAAGCGCGUGAAGCCAUCCUCCCACGAGAAAAAAGCCAGAAAUCCCAGCCCCACCGAGAUGAGCGUGGAGCCCUGGGCCAGCCCGCAGGACCAGGCAGCCGCUGAAGACGCACACAGCACGCACACGCCGUCCCCCCAGGAUCAGGAGCAGCACCCCGACAAACUCUGCCUGGACUCGUUCUGGAGUGAGGUGGAGACCAUCCGACAGGGGAGUGGCUACGCAGACGAAUGCACCAGGAGAGACUCCAGACACUCAGAAGAAGGAGAACAGGAGGAGCAGUGGUUGGCUGAUGCUGGUUUGUCGAACCUCAUCAGUGAGGACUGUGAGGAUGUAGACAAAGCGGUGCUUCUGUCCACACUGACCCGGACCCAGGCCGAGGCUGUCCAGCGCCGACUGGAUUCUUACACACUCUCCCUUCGCAAGAGGAACAAAUCGGCACCACGUGACGUCCGCGACGUCUUCAAGUCCCCCAUCACUCAGACCCUUCUACCUGAUUCCCGGCAUAGUGAAGACCUUGCCCAACACAGCAUGGCAUCAGUUGCCAGAACACCACUAUCAGCUGCGACGCCGGAGCAUCAGCGAGGUGCCCCUAAAGAGGAAAUCUUCAUCACAGAUGUCGCUUACUGCGAACAGGCCGUCAUCUUCCUCAAACAGGCCACACUGCUGCAGAACAACAGCCAACGCAGAAAAGAGGACGGCACCCUGCCCCGGGUGAUCUGCCCCAAGUGCCGCCUCGGAGUGACUCGUAUUCAGGAUCUCUCCCACACUGACAUGAAGAAGGUGCGCCAGUUGGCUCUCAUCGACAUGACGGCGCUGUGUGACCUCUUAGAGCUGGAGGUCAAAAGGCACAAAACCAGCAAGAGGAAAGUCCCAGAGAGCCCGCUCUUCGGUGUGCCGCUGGCCAUGCUGCUGGAGAACGAUCAGAAACUGAAGCCCAACACCUCGACUCCUCUCUUCCUGCAAGCGUUGUUGUCAUUUUUAGAGAAGAAGGGAGUCGAUUCAGAGGGGAUCCUGCGGGUUCCAGGAUCUCAGUCAAGAAUCAAGCUGCUGCAGCAGAACUUUGAGGCAAACUUCUACUCAGGGCGUGUCAGCUGGGAUGAGGUCAGUCCAAAUGACGCUGCCGCGCUGCUCAAGAAGUUCAUCCGGGAGCUGCCCGCCCCUCUUCUCACCGCUGAGUACCUCAACACCUUCAGCGCUGUCAGAGACAUCACCGAGCUGAAGCAGAAACUCCACAUGUUGAACCUGCUCAUCCUCCUGCUGCCUGAGCCUAACAGGAACACACUGAAGGUCCUCCUUGAGUUCCUCAGUAAGGUGGUUUGCAGGGAGAAGAGGAACAGGAUGAACCUGUGGGCUGUAGCGACCAUCAUGGCUCCCAACCUCUUCCUCCAUAAGGCCGUCCCCAGCAGGCUGACUGAGGGGGCAGAGAAAGGACAUGCGGAGAAGGCAGCAGAUGUUAUGAGGCUCCUCAUCCGCUACCAGGACCUGCUCUGGACGAUACCUAAUUUCCUCAUGAGCCAGGUGCGUAAGAUGAAUGAGAACAGCAACCGGCGUUACCAGUUUUAUGAUCGCCGCAUCAAGAACCUGCUGAGAAAGAUCCACACAGACAGCCGCGAAAAACCCAAUAAAAACACCUCAGAGCUGUGCCGUACAGUGAAGAUCCAGGUCGGGGAUCUGGUGAGCAGCACCAUGGAGUUCCAGCUCAGCAUCAACUCCAGAGCCUCAGACCUGCUCGCCCAGUUUCACCGCCAGUUUGUCCGCAGCCCCGAAAAUGGAAAGGGCAAACUGCAAAGAAAGGGCUCGGCGGCAUAUCCAGACUGCGCCCUGUACGAAGUGGGAGGGAAUAUUGGUGAGCGCUGCGUGGAUCCCGACACGCACCUUCAGGAUUUAUACAACACUAACCAUGGAGGAGAGUGGGUCAUCAAGCUGAAACCCAAUGCGAGCAGAGGGCUAUGAAGGACGGAUGGAUGGACAGAUUGGGCAACAGCUCCCUGAAGAAGGACAAAGGCAGAGCCGAAAAAAACAUUCACGCAGCCCUCUCUUCGUGUCCUUUUCGUCCUUGGAGCAACAAGCGAGAAGGAGACAGAUGGAGAAAGCAGAAACAGAUAGUUGGAGAAUCUGCCAGGAGCAGGGCCGGAAAACUGUCUACAAUCAGAUGAACACACAUCGCCCACUUUCUCUUUCCCUCUAUCUUUCUCUCUUCCUUCACACUAUCUUUCCUCUCCUGCGUUACGCUGCAAGCAAAACGUUGCUGACGUGACUCAUUACUUCCGACAGAGAACCUGCUGCAUAGAAAAGAGAGGAGAGGGAGCGCGAAUGGGCAGUUUGGUUCGCCAAACAUGAGCGAGCAGAUGGGGAUGCAGAGCACCUCUGGCUAUAGAGAGUUCAAGUCCCACCCCCUUCUCAGGCCAGCCAAGACCAUGUGGUUUCCUAUUCUGGGUUUCAUUCAUCAGUCUUUUGCAAAAAGCUAAAACAAGAUUCAGGAGAUUUUCGCCCAUUCACUCGGCUAAAUAUGUGUCUAAUCCUGGACUGGAAAAUUAACAAAUUAUUCAGUAUCCUUGUCAAAUUCUACUAAGCAUCGUUCAGUGCAUUUACAGGCAUUUAAGUAACCUGGUUACUCAGAGGUUUACACGGGUAACUGGGGAACGUGUUUACAUGCAGUGGAGUAUCCUGGUGGUAGAAACAGACUUGUUUAGACUUCUAGAGGAUCAGCCAGCUUUGAAGCCAGUUUCAGUCAGACACAUUUUAAAUAUCACAAUGACCUCUCCUUUUCAUCCAGCUGUUACUUUCCCUGUCCACAGUCUUUUGUCUGGCACUUGCGUACGUGCAAGUGGUACUUAGUGGUACUUGUGCUCUACGGCUGUUGCUUGGAGGUAGCCACCUGCAUGGUAGCCUCUGCCAUCAGUGUGUGAAUUGGGAGAAUAUGACAUGUAGUGUAAAGCUCUUUAAGUGGUCGGAAGACUGGAAAGGCUAUAUACGAGUACAGUCCAUUUAAAAGAAAGUCCAAUAGAAAUCCGGUUACAGGUAUACAUGGCACCGAAAUGUGCGUUGUCCAAGAAAUCUUCUUGGGAAAUCAGGUCUCUCUAAUCCCCCUACUCCAGUUACAGUACACACACCAGGUUUGCAUGUAAACCCAAUGAUGGACUCCAUUUAGGUUAGUAUAUGGACAUAAAACUGUGGUCUGCUUUUUACAAAAUACUGAUGAUUAAAACCCAGCAACGAGAGAAAAUAUAUUGAAACCCGAAAGCUAAUGGAACAGAAGCUAACCUGGGAACGGAGUAAAACUUAAGCUCUAACGGAUCGAUCAGUUAAUCAGCUGACUGAUCCUUCUCAUUUGCUUUUUGUCUCCUGCCUCACAUGGUCUCUCCAUGGACAGUUUUCCAGCUCAGACAUUUUAACCGCAAAUUAAACAAAGACUUGUCUGUACCGGCUCCUUUCUUCAGCUAUGCCAAUCGAAGAGGGAAAGACCCAGAUGAACUGAUAGCCCCUUAUCUGUGAAACCCUAUGAUCUCGUGGGCCUUAUAAAAAAAUCCAUGGACUUCCAAGGACCCCUGACCUGUACAGAACGGUGCUCAAAGAUACCAUUUUUUUAUAUACCAGGGGAUUUGAUGUCACAACCUCAAGGACACCUCUAAAGGGAAUUGUUAAGGACACAGUGAAGCUGGUCUUCAGUUCUCAUUUUUAAACACAUGAAUGGAGCCGAAAGUGCUGAAGUGACUCAUGGGGCAUUCUGGGAUUAUUAUAAUCAUUAUUUAUAUGAAUGUAAUACCAUUGUGGCUUCUGUAUUUGAUGAGUAUUGUGUAGGCUAGAGAGACUUUAGGAUAAUGUGUAGUUGCUGCACUCAGUGUAACAGUAUGUUGUGUUAAGUCACCCAUACUCGCCGUGGGAAUUUGUAGUGUUCUUGUACAUAUUUCAUCACACUAUGUUGUUUUUUGACGGCUCACUUAACAUCUGUUUCUCCUAAACAGUACAGGAGGAUAAAUUCCACUUGUAAAUAUUGCUCAUUUAUAUCCUCUGCUGUGAAGAGGCACCGAAAUCACAGCAGUAGGACUGUUGUGAUCGUGUUGCCACUCAGACUGUUCCAAACACAUGCAAGCAGCAAAUGAAUGUGUUUAACAAUUUUGUGCCCGUCGUCAGAUGUGACGAGAUCAUUUACUCCUCGCAAUCGCAGCCAUGUUGGUGCUCCGCGGCCAUUUUGUGGGAAGUGUCUCGCACACACCACUCAAUAGACGGAGUAAUGACAGGCGGCCCGGCACCAGCAUCCAUCAACACCCUCUGCUCCAUCUCUGUCACCUCCCAAUAAUGGACCAUAAUGGCAGUGCGGCGCAUGCAUCAGAAACACGCCGAGGAAUCACAUUUCUUUGAUAAAGGAGAAGGUAAUAAAUGGCUGUUAUAAAUUCUGCUUCCCUGGACCCAACGACAGCAGCAGUGUGUGUGUGUGUGUGUGUGUGUGUGUGUGUGUGUGUGUGUGUGUGUGUGUGUGUGUGUGUGUGUGUGUGUGUGUGUGUGUGUGUGUGCGUGCAUGUGUGUGAUGAGCUUCAUUACACAAGUCCAAUUGGCCUGUCCCAGGCACAGUUCAGUGCCUCGACACAAAGCGAGCUGAUGAAACUGCCUUCUGCUGACAGUCAGGAGAAGUAGGUCACCUCUGAAGCAGCAUCCCAGAGGGCAAGCGGUGAGGGUCCAAACACCCCAAGGAGCGGAGCACAUGGACACGUAUUGUCUAAACACACAUGACACACACGGGUACGCUUGAACAACAUCAUGUGGAGUCACCAAAACAGGGGGCACAAGUUCACACACUAAAUCAGUUUUCUAUCGACUUUGUUUGUGUUUGUACAUAUGUGAAUGUGUUUGUGUGAGAAAAGGAAAAAGCUUCUUUUUGGGUAGAUAUCUCUGAAACAGUGUUAUCUAUACAAUUAUCCAGGGAGUAUUUUAACAUUAAAUGAAUGACAGUUACCUGAA